AUGAACUCGAUGAUUGAUCCAGGAACGUCUGAAUUCCCGAGUUUCAUGUCCGGACAGGUCUGGAUGGUGAUGAGGAUUAAUCUUGAUUGCAAUUCUUGUUGCAGAAAAAUGAGAAGAGUCCUUCUCAAAAUGAAAGAAAUUGAGACACGCUUGAUAGAGAAGCAGGAAUGCAGGGUAAGUGUCUGUGGAAGGUUUAUUCCUGGAGAUGUAGCGAUAAAAAUAAGUAAAAAGAUGAAGCGCAGAGUCGAGAUUCUGGAAAUUCAAGAAUUCAGCAAUAUCGAUGGACAUACAGAACAGAUGCCGCCACACAUUCCAGGCCAUAUCCUAGCACAACAUGCAUAG